AUGGAUAAUAGAGCUGCUCAAUAAAGAAUUGGUUAAAUUAGAUAAUAAAUUGUUCAAGAAAUUGAUGAUAAAGAUUAAAAAUAAGAGUAUGCAUAAUUAUGGGCAGGGUUUUACAAAAAGACAUUACAAUAAAGAUUAGAUUAAUUGAAUAAAAUUUAGAAUGUUAAUGUUGAACAUUUCAAAGAUGGAGGUUUGUCAUUAUAAAAUGCAAAUUUAAUGGUUGAAAAUUGCAUUGGAAAAAUAGGAAUUCCACUAGGAUUAGGAUUAAAUUUUCUAAUAAAUGGUCAAUAUUAUAUAAUACCUAUGGCUAUUGAAGAACCAUCUGUAAUAGCAGCAGCAAGUGCAGCAGCAAAAACUAUUGCAGAAUGUGGAAAUGGAUUUGAAACAUAUUCAACUAGACCAGUUAUGAUGGGUUAAAUGUAAUUGUUAAAUGUUGAUAAUUAUUCAAAGGCAGAAUGUCUGAUAGAUUCAAAUAAAGUAUCAAUAAUAAAUAGAGGAAAUUAAGCAUGUGGAAAUAUGGUAAAAAGAGGAGGCGGAAUUGAAGAUGUUAAAUUAAGAUAAUUAGGAGAAGGUCAAGCUUCUGUAGAUAUAUUUAUUAAUGUUUGUGAUAGUAUGGGUGCCAAUAUAGUUAAUACAGUAUUAGAACAUUUAUCUCCUUUGAUUGAAGAAAUUACUGGGCAUUAAGUUGGUAUAAAGAUAUUAACAAAUUUAUGUUUAAAUAGAAAGGUCACUUCAUUAUUUAGAUUGAACAUUGAAAAAAUGAAUUAUAAGCAUUAUUCAGGAUAAUAAGUAGCUUAAAUGAUUCUAAAUGCAUAUAAAUUUGCUGAAUUAGACUAUUUUAGAGCAGUUACUCAUAAUAAAGGAAUUUUGAAUGGAAUUGAGGCUGUAUGUAAUGCUUCAGGUUAAGAUGGUAGAGCAGUGAAUGCAUCAUUGCAUGGAUAUGCUUGUUUAAAUGGUAAAUAUAAGCCAUUAUCAAAAUAUUGGAUUGAUGGAAAUGAAUUUAUAGGGGAAUUAUCUAUUCCUAUAUCUGUAGGAACUUAGGGAGGAGUUAUUUCUUAAAAUCCUUUAUAUUAAGCAGUCUUAUAGAUUUUAGAAUAUCCUGAUUCCUAAAAGUUAGCUGAAAUUAUGGCAUGUGUUGGAUUGGCCUAAAACUUUGCUGCUUUAAGAGCAUUAACUGUGGAAGGUAUUUAGAAAGGACAUAUGUCAUUACAUGCUAAGAAUAUAGCUAUUUCUGUAGGAGUACCAGAACAUCAAGUUGAGGAUGCAGUAUUAUUUAUGAAAAAUAGAGGAAGUUUUAGAAAAGAGACUGCCAAAGAAUUUUUGAAAGCUUAUCAUUUAUUUUAAGAAAUAGGUAAGGUUAAAGGAAAGAAAAAUUAAUCUUUGUGUACAUUUUCAGCUUAAUUUUAAUUGGAAGGGUCUUAAGAGAAAGUUGAAUUACAUGUUGUUUUUGAUUGUCAUUCUAAUAAAAGAAUUGAUGUUGAUUUUUUAAGUCAAUCAGAUAUUUCUAUUAAAUUAUUUGGAUCUAAAAGUCAUAUAUGGUUUUAAAAUCUAUUUAAAAUAAUAAAUAUUGUUAAAAUAGAAGAAUAAUCAGAGAAUUUACCUAAAAAAAGUUUAACUGUAAAAUUAAAAGUGAUUUCUAUUUUGAUCAAUUUAUUGAGUUAUAAUUUAUUAAUAAUAGAUUUUGAGAAAACUAAGAAUUAUCUAAAUUACGUAUUAAAUCAAUAACAUAUUGAUUUUCCUGAUGGUGAAAUUGAAUUUAAAUAUGGAAUUGCUCUUUUGACAGAAUUAUUACAUAUUUUUGAAUAUAAUAUAUAAUAAUUUAUAGGUGAGUAAGUCUUAAAGAAUGCACUUUUGAAUGAAUAAAAUUUAAUUAUAAAAAGUCAUUUGAAUAGUUUUGAACUUUGGCAGAAAGCAAAACUUGAUAAAGAGUUUUAGAUAGGUAACUUUUGGCUUUACAGAAAGAAACGAUUAUCAUGUACAAUGAUGUUAUUGUGUGAUUGCAUAAAUUUUAAAAUAAUAGAUGAGAAACUAGUAGAAUUGAUGAAAUAAUUAGGGGAUGUGUAUGAGAUUGAAAUAACAUUAACUAGAGAUACUGAAAAAUGGAAAGAGUAAGAGUUUUUAUUUUAAUAUUAUUUUAGUUCAACUCUAAAAGACCCAAAUAUUUAUACUUAUUGGUUAAUGUAACAUGAUUAACUACUAUAAGGUGAUAGAAAUUGUGUUUUGGAUUAAUUUAAGAAUGAAUCAUCAGCAAUGUUAGAAAUGAAGAGAUAAAGAAUAUAACCAAUUUUACCAUCAUCUAUGGCUCAUUUAUCAAAAUAAGCAACUACAGCUGUUAGUUUAUUGUAUCAAUCGAGAUUUUGA